AAAAAAAAACUCUCUUUCUCUCUCACAAUCAAAUUUGAUCAAAGCAUGCAGACAGCUAAUUCAGUUCAAUUGUUAAUAAUAAUGUUAAGCCAACGAAGAAAUCUGAAGAAAGCAGCCAUUUUUAUGAUCUCAAUCUCUCUGUUUUCAUUCUUCCCUUUCCUUCUUCCUCUGUUCUUCCAGUUCUGCGCAUCAUCUCUCUUCUUCAACUACAGCAGUGAAAGACACUACAUGUUUCUCUUCUGCAAUGGAAUCUUGGCCUUUGUAAUCAAAGACUCAAUUCUCUCUGCAAAUACCCAUAUGGGUAUUUCUUCUAAUCAUCCAAUUAUUACCAGUCAUGAAGAGAUAACAAAGAAGAAAAAUGAAGUCUUUGAAGAGUACCAGAAGCCAGAAUCAGUUCAUGGGGAAGAAGAAGAAGUAGAGGUGGAGAAUGAGUUCUUGAUUGCAGAAGAAAGAGAAGAAGAGUAUCCAAUUGAAGAAAAUGAUGAUGAAGAGUACCAGAAACCAGAAUCAGUUCAUGAGGAAGAAGAAGUAGAACUAGAGGUGGAGAAUGAGUUCUUGAUUGCAGAAGAAAGAGAAGAAGAUGAUGAUGAUGAAGAGUACCAGAAGCCAGAAUCAGUUCAUGGCGAAGAAGAAGAAGAGUAUCCAGUUGAAGAAGAUGAAGAUGAAGAAGAUGAAUUGAACAAGAAAUGUGAAGAGUUUAUUAGAAGGAUGAAACAGGGAAUUAAAAUUGAGGCUGAUCAAGAAAUGGGUUUUGAUCAUAAUAGAAGUAAAAAUUAUUUAUUUAAUUAAUAGUUUUAUUGAUAAUAA